GUGGACGUUGACUGACGAGGGCGCCGGUCCCGGCGAGGCUGGCGCCGGCAAGAAGUCACUGCUCUUCAUGGGCGACGGUGCUGGGACAACGGCUGAGGAUCGGUGGGCGGUGCAGGGGCGUGCCGAUCCCAACCUCCUCGACCCGGUGACCUACUGCUCCUGUUUCGUCGAGGGUUCGGUGUUCCUCGUGUUCCAGAUCUUGCGCGCCAGCUGGUGGGCCCUGCAGCUCGCCGACGCCGCCGCUGCUUUCUCUGCGGGUGGCCCUCUCGGCAGAACGCAGGGGCGCCCAUUCGUUGGGUUGCCCCGCGCAGGCGCUCCCGACGUGGAGACUGGCCCGCUGGCGAAAUAUCUCAAGGAGAUCGGCUUCAAGUGUUCCAUCUUCGACGGUUGCGUCGUCUGCGUGAGGGGCGAAAAGGGCUUGCGCGGCGUCGUGGGCAUCGGGGUGGGCGAGGUCGUCGGUGGAGGCAGUGCCCGGUUCGGCGCGGCAUGCGAGAUGCUGCGACGGUGUAUUCCCUUGGGACCUUGGCGCCACAAGAAAAGAAAGUACGCGGGCAGGGAUCUGGUUCAUGGCGGGGUCGCGGUGUCCCAGAGCAAGAGCUCGGCCAACGUCCAGCCGAUCGACAUCGCCGCCGAGCGUCACAAGGGCCCGCGGGAUCCUGUCAUUCGAG